AUGGCCAGCCUUGUGGUGCUCGAGUGCCAUUUAUGGUUGACGCUGACGGAGAUGAAGGACGCGGAUAAGAUCCCCUUCCUCGAUGCUCCUGUCUCCCCCAAGGGCCUUUUCGGCCCAGCGGUCGAAGGAUUUGCUGUACGCUUCACGGAGGCACAGAAAUCGUGGUCUCUGAACGGCACAUUGAUUAAUCUCAGCACCGAUUCCCGUCGGCGGCUAUCUGGAGGAAAUUUGGUCAUUAGGAGUCUGGACCGUGCCCAGGAUGGAGGAAUAUACCAGUGCAUUGCCUUCAACCCACAGGGAGCAAUUCUUAGCAGAAGAGCGAGCCUCCAGUUUGCAUACUUACAUUUAAAAACUCAAACGAGAAGUGCUGUCUCUGUGCGAGAAGGCCAGGGGGUAGUUUUACUUUGUGGUACACCAUCAUAUGCAGGAGAUCUCUCAUUUGCAUGGGUCUUUAAUGAGUACCCUUACUUUGUUCAGCAAGACAAUCGUCGCUUUGUCUCUCAGGAGACGGGAAACCUUUACAUCGCCAAAGUCGAGCCCUCAGAUGUGGGUAACUACACGUGCGUGGUGGUAAAUCGCAUUACUAAAGGCAAAGUCCUGAGCUCCCCGACCCCUCUGGUACUACGAACAGAUGGCGUAAUGGGUGAAUAUGAGCCGAAAAUAGAGGUUAAUUUCUCUGACAUGGUUCCAGCCGCAAAGGGAUCUGUUGUGACACUGGAGUGUUUUGCUUUGGGGAACCCAGUUCCAGAGAUAACGUGGAGGAGAGCGAAUGGAGUGCCGUUUCCCAGCAAGGUGAAGAUGAAGAACUCAAAUGUAGUUCUGGAGAUUCCCAGUUUCCAGCAGGAGGACGCCGGAGGCUAUGAAUGUGUAGCAGAGAACAAGAUGGGAAAGAACACGGUGCAAGGACGACUGUCUUUCCAUGCAAAGCCUCAGUGGGUUCAGACGAUGCGAGACAAUGCUUUGUCAAUUGAAGAGAGAUUGUUUUGGGAGUGUAAGGCCAAUGGGAAGCCCAAGCCUUCAUACAGCUGGCUGAAGAAUGGAGAACUACUGGCAGCUGAGGACAGGAUCCAGAUAGAGAAUGGAGCCCUGACAAUCAGCUCCGUAAACCUCUCAGAUGCUGGCAUGUAUCAGUGUGUAGCCGAGAACAAACAUGGAAUCAUUUAUUUCGGUGCUGAAUUGGUGGUUUUAGCCUCGCCCCCAGACUUUUCCAGAAGCCCUCUCAGAGCUCUGCUUAAAGCCAAGACGGGCAGCACAGUCACCAUGGAGUGCAGGCCGCAGGCCUUUCCCACAGCCAUCAGCAUGUGGAGGAAAGGCAUCGAACUGGUGCAGAGCACAGACAGGAUAACUUUACUCCCUGAUGGAACACUUAGAAUUACAAAUGUGACCAAGAUGGACGGGGGAAACUACGCUUGCUUGGCUAGAAACCAGUUUGGUGCGGCCAGCACUACAGGAAAACUGCUGGUCACAGAUCCCACACAAAUCACCCAGGGUCCAGUGGACAUGGAGAUCAUUGUUGGGGAGAGCAUCGUACUGCCCUGCCAGAUCUCUUGUGACCCCGCUCUGGAUGUUUCAUUCUCCUGGGCCUUCAAUGGGCAGCUCCUCAAUAAACUGGACCAGCAUUAUGAGCAUGUGGGUGGGAGUACAUCUGGGGAUUUGAUGAUACGGAAUAUACAGCUGAAGCACGCCGGAAAGUAUGUCUGUGUGGUCGACACAGAUGUCGAGAGUUUAUCAGCUGUGGCUAUUUUAAUCGUGAAAGGUCCCCCAGGAGCUCCAGAUGGCGUAACAGUGGAGGAGAUCACAGACAGCACGGCUCAGCUUUCUUGGAGACCCGGCCAGGAUAAUGGCAGCCCCAUCACAAGCUAUAUCAUCCAGGCCAAGACAGCUUUCACAGUGGGCUGGCAAGCAGUGAACACGGUCCCGGAGGUGAUUGAUGGGAACACCUUGACGGCAACGGUGGUGGAUCUGAACGCAUGGGUGGAGUAUGAGUUCAGAGUGCUGGCCAGAAACAGUGUCGGCGUGGGGGAACCGAGUCCCACUUCUCUUAAAACUAGAACUGAAGAUGCAGAAGCAGGAAAAAUGGGCAAGCAUAAGGAUUUGAGCAAGUUGGACAAGGGCCAAAUAGUGGUGUACUGGGAGGAUGAUACAAAACCAGAGACCAUGGGCAAAGUCAGAGUGUCUGCCAAUCAGAACAAGGUUAACAUCAGUGGACUGAGAGAAUACACUCAGUAUUUCCUGACAGUGAGCGUUUUCAACACAGCGGGAACUGGCCCUCUGUCUCCCACCAUCAAUGUGACCACCAAGAAGUCCCCACCCGGGCAGCCACCUUUGAACGUGGAGUGGAAUCUGAUUGGCUCUAAGCUCACUGUUCAUUGGGAGCCUGUCAUUUCUCUGGAGAUGGAGUCAGAUGUUACUGGUUAUCAGGUGUCCUACAGAAGGAACCGGCAUAAAGAAAUUAACACAAUAACAACAAAUCUGACCUCAGUGGAGCUCACGCUACCUGCAGAUGAUGAUUACAUCAUUCAGAUACGAGCGCUGAGUGACGGAGGAGAAGGGAUGCCAACCGAACCCAUCAACAUACAUAAACUUAGUAUGAGCGUACGAGGGUCCAGAGCCUGGCGACCCAACACCAUCCCCGUCUCCUUGCUUUCUAUCAUCGUGUUAUCGACACUGCGACUGGCUUUGUGUUAACGGUCUGAAGGAUCGAACAUCUUCUGACCGGUUUGAUUGCCCACAUACUUCCUCAUUGUGGAAUCGUUGGAAAGGUGCACCGAAACACUUUUGAAGAGAGAUUAUCGAUCUAUCUCUCCAUAGUUAUCUGAGGCAAUGCCCUGCGAGCCAUUCAAGGAGCGUAACGGGAAAAAGUCAGCGUCACGAUGGUCGGAUUUUGUGUGCAUGUGUUAUGUACUGUUUAUCAUUGUGUCCUUGCAAGUGAUCCGAGACCCUAACAAGGUUUCAACCGAAGGUUUUUGAAGCAUACCAGUGUACGAGGAGGGAUGAGUCAUGUUACUGCACUAAGAUUCCAUCUUCUCAUUGAUCCCUCAGAACAAAUGCCUUACUUCCAUGUACAUGCCAAAGUAGUUAACAUCCUUUUACUUCUUACUAAGCUACUGUUUGUUAUACUUGUGGUUGUUUUGUAAUUAUCCCAUCAUUAAUUGAAGGAUUAGUUCACCCAAAAAUCAUUUACACACCCUCAUGUUGUUGUCAUGUGACUUUCAUUUUUCUGUAGGACACAAAGGAGCAAUUUUAAAG